AUGAAGGUCGAGUUGUGCAGUUUCAGUGGAUAUAAAAUAUAUCCCGGCCACGGCCGGCGGUACGCCAGGAUCGACGGAAAGGUUUUCCAGUUUCUGAACGCAAAAUGUGAGUCUGCGUUCCUGUCCAAGAGAAAUCCUCGACAGAUCAGCUGGACUGUUCUUUACAGACGCAAACACAAGAAGGGCCAGUCUGAAGAGGUGUCAAAGAAGCGCACGCGUCGUGCCGUGAAGUUUCAGAGAGCCAUCACUGGAGCUUCACUGGCUGAGAUCCUGGCCAAGAGGAACCAGAAACCUGAAGUGCGUAAAGCCCAGAGAGAGCAGGCCAUCAGAGCUGCUAAGGAGGCUAAAAAAGCCAAACAGGUGACCAAGAAGGUUUCCACUCAGAGCGCCAAGGGUCCUGCUAAGGCUGCACCCAAACAGAAAAUCGCCAAGACCAUGAAGGUCAACGCUCCACGUGUUGGUGGGAAGCGUUGAGAAUAAUGUUCUGCAUUUCUCUUUAUUAAUAAAGGUUUAACAGUCAACCUA